UUUCUGGAGCAAAGCAUCACACAUACGUAAACAAAUAUAUGUUUGUGGUUUUCUCUGAUUUGCGGGCGGGUGAUGCUUCGUGGCAACAAGAUAAUAGAUAGGCGACAAAGGUAUGACAAAUCCACGUCGAAUGCUGGAUAGUGUUGCUUAAAAACGAAAGAGAGCGACAUGGACUCUGGCGAUUCAGCAGCAGCUGCUUGUCAGCGAAAAGUUGCGCUGAUAACCGGCAUUACAGGACAGGAUGGGUCAUACCUUGCUGAAUUUCUGCUUGCCAAGAAUUAUGAAGUACAUGGGAUUAUUCGUCGGGCAAGUACAUUCAAUACUGCCCGAAUACAACAUUUGUAUGCGGAUCCAAAAUCUCACAAACAAGGAAAAAUGAAAUUACAUUAUGGAGAUAUGACUGAUAGCAGUUGCCUUGUGAAAAUAAUUAGUUCUGUGAGACCAAGUGAAAUCUAUAACCUAGCUGCACAGAGUCAUGUGAAGGUCUCAUUUGAUCUGAGUGAGUACACAGCUGAAGUUGAUGCUUUAGGAACAUUGCGUCUUCUUGAUGCAAUCCGGACAUGUGGGUUAGAAAAGGCUGUCAGGUUUUAUCAGGCUUCAACUUCAGAACUGUAUGGAAAGGUACAUGAAAUUCCACAAAAAGAAACAACACCUUUUUAUCCUAGAUCUCCAUAUGCAUGUGCUAAGCUGUAUGGCUACUGGAUUGUUGUGAACUACAGGGAAGCUUAUAAAAUGUUUGCAUGUAAUGGCAUAUUGUUCAAUCAUGAGAGCCCGAGAAGAGGUGAAAAUUUUGUGACAAGAAAAAUUACACGUUCAGUUGCAAAAAUUCAUCUUGGGCAGAUGGAGUGUGUUGAACUGGGAAAUCUUGAUUCAAAGAGAGAUUGGGGCCAUGCGAAAGAUUAUGUGGAGGCUAUGUGGCUUAUGUUACAACAAAAUGAACCUGAGGACUAUGUAAUUGCUACUGGGGAGACACACAGUGUCAGAGAAUUUGUAGAAGCUGCUUUCAAUCAUGUUGGUAAAGAAAUUGUUUGGGAAGGAAAAGGAGAAAAUGAAGUAGGCCGCGAGAAGGACACUGGUGUUAUAAGAGUGAAAGUUAAUCCAAAAUACUUCCGCCCUACAGAAGUGGAUUUACUCCUUGGUGAUCCUAGUAAAGCUCGAGAGAAAUUUGGUUGGAAGCCAAAAGUCACUUUCAAAGAACUUGUUAAGGAUAUGAUGGAGGCAGACAUAGAGCUGAUGAAGAAAAAUCCUGCUGCAUAAAUUUUGAAUCAGCUCAACAGUUGUGCACCUUAAGUAAUCUGCUUAUGUCACUCACUUUUUUUGAAAGAAAAGUGAGAGCUUGUUUGUGUAUAUUUUGUAAUACACAUCUUCCAGCACCAUUGGCCAAGACCAACAGUUCUGUAUUUAAUAUUGAUCAUGGGAAAACAUUUGAGUGCCAUUUAUUUUUACAUUUAAUGCAGACAAUAGCAUUACAAAGUUACAUUUUGUCUUCCACUUCUCCUGAUCCAUAAAUAUUCCUUGGAUUAUAUUGCUAGCACAUACAUUGUAUAUCUGUGUGAUGCAGGAAAACACUCUUAACCACCAUGUGUAAGUGGUGUGUUUUGUUCACUAAGUUAAAGGUGUCCUUGCACUAGGUGAACUGUCUUCAUUGAACAAUCAGAAAUACCUACUAUUCUGGACACCAUCUUAUGAUCACACAUUAAACAAUUGACAACCUAAAAUAAUAUCUCAUGAUUUUUUCAUUUUGAAAAUUACUUUUUCUAUAAAUUUUUCAGGUAUUAAAAUAGGACCUGUUCAUUUAAUCUUCAUAAUCAUCAUGUUCCUUUGAGAUAAUGCCAGUUCAGCCACAUUAGGCUACAUAGUUUUAAAAUAAUGAAAGAAGAAAGUUCUAAAACCUUGUAAACUUUGUUCCUCAUUUGUGAAAAUGGACUUUCGUGCACAGAAGGACAAUAGAGAAUUAUAAAUGUGAAAGGAAAUUGUUUAUGGUAGUUGUAAUGAUUCUGAUUAGAAUAUAAUGGUAAUGGUUUUGGUUACAAAACCAGUUUCAGUACCCAUUCCCCUUGGUUACUUACUCACACAGAAUUCUGAUAUAUAUCCACAUAUAACUUGGCUGAACUCAAAAAUUCAUUAAUUAAUAUUCAUAGGUUUCAUAAGCAGGUGGUCAGGUAACUGCUACUGAAGUUUAUGAUCAUUUGGAAGAGUGAUUUCCUUAUGGGACUUAGAUAUAAUGACUGGUGUGUACAAGGCAAUGUAACCAUUUGUACCUAGGCCUGACAUUCCUGCUUGUUAUUGAAUGUGAAUAUGCUUAAGGUAUUCUGACUAGAAGCUGUUUUUUUCCUGAACUGUUUUAGAAAUUUCUUGUUUUUCUUACUUCACUAUCAGAUUAUUGACUUGUAUGCCACACACAUUGGAAAAUAAUUACCAUGGAUUUGUGGGUUCACGUUCGGGGAAGGCCUGGGUUUCUUCAUUUACAAGUUGACAUCUUCUGCAGGAGCUGUGAAAGUAAAAUUUUUUGCAAGCGGUAUUUUUACAUUAUGUUAAUGCCAAUUUUAAUAUUAAUUUGUAUAUUUGUCAGACUCUCUCUCUCUCUCUCUCUCUCUCUCUCUCUCUCUCUCUCUCUCUCUCUCUCUCUCUCUCUCUCUCUCUUGCUGUCUCUGUCUUUUUAGUAAAUAAUGACCAGCAUUGAAUGCCUGUUAUUUUUUCUCAUGUGAUAAAUCUUUUCCAUCCUUUUUUUUUUUUUUUCUUUUACAUUGGCAUCUUGCACUGUUUGUUCAAUAAUGAUAUCCUGACAAGAAAAAUUUCUGUGUUGUAUUUUGAUAGAUGUUAGCAAAACAUACAUAUGUGAAGUUUGUGGUCAGUAUUAACAGAGUGCAUAUGGUAAUACCAUAUACUGAGUUGAUGUACGAUAUGUGUUUGUCAGAU